AUGAAUAACUCGAAAAUUAAAGCGAUUCUAAGCCUGUUUCAAAUACGGACGCUACGAUGGCCAGACCCAGAGCUGUCCAUUGGGAAGUUUCUCAGUGACAUGGAAGGCAAGAAUAAGUGCUGGGAGGCCGAGGGGCCUGCCAAAGAGGCCUUUGAACGAGUGAAACCAGAGAUCAAACAGUUGUUUGAAGAGCGGUCUGUUGAAGUGCCAAGCUCGAGUUUCAUCCUGUUCGACAUUUAUAUGAUUGGUGAAACCCAGUUGACCGCCGUCCCCUAUAUCAUGUUUUCAUGUAAACACCGCGAGUCCCGGAAGAAAGCUGUCACCAUUGUCGAAGAAUCUAGCGUUCUACAGAAAUGUCCGCUCGAGAUUCGCCUUGGGGACUGGGACUAUGCUCCCCAUGUCAAGGAUCCUCGAUUCCUAGCAUCUUCGGUUGAGGAAUGUUGA